GGCCGCCCGGCGAUGAACGGCGGGGCUCUGCCGCCGCUGCCCCCCGCCGCAGCCCGCGGCCGCCGGCGGCCCGCCUCCCCCGAGCUGCUGCGCUGCAAGCGCCGCCUGGCUUUCGCCGCCCUGCCGGGCACCGGGGCGGCGGCGGCGGCCGCCGUGGCCCGUCGGAACGAGCGGGAGCGCAACCGCGUGCGGCUCGUCAACCUGGGCUUCGCCGCCCUCCGCCAGCACGUCCCCCACGGCGCCGCCAGCAAGAAGAUGAGCAAGGUGGAGACGCUCCGCUCCGCCGUCGAGUACAUCCGCGCCCUGCAGCGGCUGCUCGACGAGCACGACGCCGCCGCCUCUUUCCCCGACGGCCGCGGGCGGGUGGCCGUCGGGGAAGUUGGCGGCGGCGGCGGAGGCUACUCCUCCGCUUCUCCCUCCUUCGCCUCCUCUGCGCCCGGCUCGCCGUGCUCCUCCGAGGAGAGCGGCUACGACGCGGCGCUCAGCCCCGAGGAGCGGGAGCUGCUGGACUUCACCAGCUGGCUGGGGAGCUACUGA